AUGAAUCCUACCGUCCGAUCUACAAACUCCCCCGGGCGUACUACACGCCCAUCCGCCCCAGUCUACCGUCAUCCUCCACCCCAACCCCGGCCACGGCCACAGCCACCUUCGGACGACGAAGACGACGACGACGAGGACUCUGAUGACGACGAAUUGGGCCGCCCCGGAUCCUCCGGCAGCGAUGCUUCCUCCAACAUAACCACCGUCUCCGCCGCACCCAUCACCCCGAUCAAUACACAUGCCCCCGCCGCAGGCUACUUCUCACCUCAGAUGCGAUCCGCCUCGACCACUACCUCGCCUCAACACGCUGCUCGCGCCAUGCCACAGGACAGUGGCCGUCAACCAUCUGGCCGGGGUCCGUCAAUUGAGUUACCUCGACACCGGUCUAGACACCAUUCACAAGGCUUCUUCGAGCCCUCGUUGCCCACCGCUUCAUCAGACCAGAUGCCCGCCGUUUCAGCCUCCCGCAUUGCUGCCCAGGCGGCCAUGCAGCAGAUGAAACGACCACAGAACGUAGUCCCCACGUUUGACGAUGGAGCAUCUCGAGUCUCCCGGCGCAGUGGAAGUGCCUCUCCCCCUCUGAUGCCACCCCCACUACGAAUCAACCAACCAUCCCCGUCCCUCCCGCCCCCAUCGGCACCCAGUGUGGCCACGACGGCAGCGAAUGUGGUAUUCCCGCGGGCCGGAGCCCCGACGUUGGACACACAAUUGCCCGAGAAGCAGAAGAAGAAAAAGCUCUUCUCUAAACCGAAGCACAUUGGCAUCAGUCGAGACAAGGAUAGUCGGGAUCGCGGGUUGCCAUCACCCAGCAAGCUCCCGGGCUUAUCGCGCAUGGUCAGCGCAUCAACCACCAGUCUGGCUGAUCUUCCUUCAAACAAUUCCUCCAUGUACAACCUCUCCAAUGCCUCUGUGAGUACUGUCGUACCCGCCGAUCGAGCGCCCGCGCCACCUGAGAAGGACAAGGAUAAGGACAAGGACAAGCAUAAACACCAUUUCCUGUCUCGGCAGAAGCUCAAGCUGAAAGACCGAGAUGACCAUUUUAAUCUGCCGCUCUCUUCGGCAUCGAGCAAUUCGCGUCCUGCGGACCCUAAUGCUCCGCAAUCUUUGUAUUCAUUCACCAGCCCUGCUUCGCCAGCACCGGGUGCCACCUUUGGAAAAUCGGUCAGUGGACUGGAUCUACUCCAUGGUGGACGGGCCCUUCGCGAGAAGAAGAAGGAAGAGAAAGCGCUCGCCGAGUCCGACACCAUGGAAUGGCUUGCCAAUUCUGCCAGUGGGCCUACAACGCCUGGAGGAUUUGCAGGCCCGUCCUCGCUGAAUAGUUCCUCUGGAGUACUGGGCGAAGCUGUACUACGGGAGACGCUGCAGGGAUUCGGGUUGAAUAACAUGUCGCCCGAGGAUGCCUGGGACUUUCUCAAAGCCAAAUUGCUUGUCAUCUUUGACGGCGAGGAUGUGCGCAUUGCCAUUGAAGAUCUCAAUAAGCUAGUGCUGGUCCAUCUGCAACGCUGUGUGCAUAAGCGGGCACCAACCGCGGUGAUUACGGAUCUUCAAGAGCUACUCGAAACGGGCUUUGCAACGUUAAAUCAUAGCUCGUUGGUCGGUAUUCCAGACGAGAAGCUUGUGCCGCACCUGGUUCAAAUCUGGAUGCUGGUGUUUGGCACGAUCUUACCUUUUAUUCAGGCCGUCUUCCUGCCGUUAGAUCUCGAGUUUAAGGGUGUUGGAACGUUGAUGACCAGUCGUGAGGCUCGCGAGUUCUGGGGUGCUCUUCCAGCCGGCGGGUCCCUAGAUGUACGGAAUAUUGUCCUGAUCGCCUUCCGUGAUCGUAUCAUUCUGAACCGCUACGAAACUCUGAAAGCGACAUUCUCACGUCUCAGUCUGGACAGCAUCAACUCUGGCUUCCCAACCUUAAGUGUCACAGCCAAAAGCACCGGAGUCGGCGGUCGCCCCGGCACCGCCGCCUCCCUCGACGCCGGACUAGGAAGCUACAACUCCCAAUCCUCAACCCUGCUCAGCACCGGCAUCGCAGACAGCUACUCCUCCGACUCAAUGAGCGCCCUAGCCCGCCCAACCAGCAGCGACUCCCGCAGCCGCGCCGCAUCGAACACCUCCUCAAACCCGGACCCACUCAUCUUCUCCUCCAUCUCCCCCCAGACCUCCAACCAACGCCCCACAAUCAUCCACCGCGGCACAUCCGCCGACUCCUCGCACGUCAUCACCGAAACAGUCGGCCGCAUGCUCCAAUGUGUCAGCGUCCUCGCCAGCGUCCAAACAGACGACCCCUCCCAAGAAAAAAUCGAAGUCCUCAGCAAAGCCCUCAAACAUAACUGGCUUGGCCGCGGCCGCACAGGCCGUGACCGGCGUGGCUUUGUCGGUGCUAAGAUUCGUCCUGUUAUGGUGGGUGGAACGCCUAGUUUGGACGGGGGGAUUCUCUCACGACGGCGGGGAUUAGUAUUGGCGCGAGUACUAGUACGAGUGGUUCGAGGGCGAGGGGGGAUUCAUCUUCGUCGGAUUGGAGUAGUGGGCAGGGUGUUGGGAAUGGGAUUAGUAUGCGGAGUGGGGGGAGGCGUGAAUUGA